ACAAAGCUGAAGGAGGAUAUAGCCAAGUGGAAAGAGGAGAUCAGCAAGCAGAUCACUCAGCAAAUGGAGUCCGUUCUGAAGGAGACAAAGAGUGAGCUGAUGAAGAUGGAGGAGCAGCAGAUGAUGAGAAAUUCCAUGCUGGAACAGAUGGUGACUGAGAUGGCCAACCAGCUGAAUGCUCAGGACCAGGAGCUGCUGCAGAACAUGGAGGAAACAUUCCGGAAGAUUCAAGAAGACUGUGACAAACUCAGAUAUGUCUCUGUGAGCCUCCAGACAGACUGCCAGCUAAAGCAGAAAGCUAUUGAGACGCUGUUCCAGUCCUUGGACACACUGAAGAAGGAGAAGGCAGACGAGCAGAACAUGUUGAUGGCAAUGGACAUGGCUGAGCAAAUUGUGCCCCACAGUCUGGACUUGAGGCUGGCGUUGCUCCUGCGGUACCUUGCGGGGCAGCUCUGA